UUCUUACGCGAACAUGUCACACUGUUAACAGGGCACAUUCAUUACAUAGGAAACCGAAAGUGUUUCACUUCAUACUUUUACUUUCACUUUUAAAGCUCGAUAACUCACAUGUCUGAAUGUAUGCAAUUGUUUAACUGUGAGUUCAUCUAAAAUUUCAUUUCUUUAGCACGAGCUUUAUAGAGUAAACAUAGGUCUUAUAGUGUGUUAGAACUGCUGUUUGUAUGUGACUGCUGUUAUGUUGUAGAUUGAUGGAAGACAGGUCGAGGCACAUGCGACUGAGAGAAUGGCUCAUAGCUCAGAUAGACAGCGCUAAAUACGCUGGACUGAGCUGGGAAAAUGAGGAGAAAACCAUGUUCAGGAUCCCCUGGAAACACGCGGCCAAACAGGACUACAGACAGAACCAGGACGCCGCGCUGUUUAAGGCAUGGGCAAUGUACAAGGGUAAGUUUCAAGAGGGCAGGGACAAAGCAGACCCCUCUACAUGGAAAACGCGUCUGCGCUGUGCCCUCAACAAGAGCACAGACUUCCAGGAGGUUCCUGAGCGCAGUCAGCUCGAUAUCUCUGAGCCGUACAAGGUCUACCGUGUCCUGGACGACACGGGGAGAGCUGCAGAACCUGCUGGAAAUCCAGUCAUAUCACUGGACAGUGACUGCAGCCAAGCCUUGAGAGAGACACCUCUGCCCAUGCAGCAGGACAGUUUGCUUGGUGACUCAAACAGAGCUGCUGGAUGGAGUGUGAAUGGCAGGGCGUAUGCUUGUCCCAGUACAGGCACUGACUCCAUUCCUCUAUACCCGUCUCAGGUCUCCAUAACUGACUUCCGCCUGGAGGUGACUUUGUUCUAUCACGGGAUCUUGGUGCAGAAGCUCGUCACUACGUCUCCAGAUGGCUGCUUCAUUCUGCAGGGCUGCGCUCCAGUUGGGAAUGAGCGCAUUUAUGGGCCCUGUGAAGCCAAGAAGGUCUUCUUCCCCCGUCCAGACAUCAUACCCCUGCCCCCGGGCAUCGCCGAAGCCAUGACCCGUCUUCUGCCGCACCUGGAGAAAGGUGUGCUGGUGUGGGUGGCCCCAGACGGUGUGUUCAUCAAGCGCUUCUGCCAGGGCCGCGUGUACUGGGACGGCCCUCUGGCAGAGCACAGACAGAAAGCAAACAAACUGGAGAGAGAGAGGACCUGCAAACUCCUGGACAUGACCAUCUUUUUGCAAGAGUUACAAAACCAUCGGCAGGGCACUGGUCCUGAGCCACAGUACACAGUGGACCUGUGCUUCGGAGAGGAGUUCCCUGACCCCAGCCAGCCAAAGACCAAGAAGCUCAUCACUGCACAAGUGAUUCCUCUGUUUGCUGUAGAGUGUCUCCGCAGGCAUAAUGCACCUAAUAAUGUGGAGAUGAAGCAAUCACCGCCACACAGGAAAACCAAUGAAUAAACAUACCUUAAUCAGAACAGCACAUGUUUCACCAUCCCUGUGUAGGAAUUCACCAACAAUGAUAUUAAUAAAUGACAAUUAUAAUAAUAAAAAUAAUUAUAAUUAUAAUACAAAUGGAAAUGUAUGUAUCUAACAUCAAUAGAAAGAAGAAAUCUACAAUGUUAACUUGUUCAUUGACUGUAUUAAGCUUUAUGUCCUUUAUAGUUCUACUAAUAUUACUAACCAUGAUACUGAUUCAAUUAGAUAAUGAUCUUUUUGUAAAAUUCUGCUUCAAAAAUUACAUUAAAAUAAAGAGUUUGGUUAGUCUUCUGUAUCACCUGGUUAUUUUAGAAGUAAAAUAUGACUCAUGCUAGACACUUCAGCUUGUACUGAAGAGAACUCAUAUCACACUGAAUGCAGCCAUUACACACAGGCAGUGUUAAAUGCUGUGAACUUAUGAGAGUGAAGAGCGACUUGAUCCUUCAGACCCUUCAGAGACGGCAAAUCGAAAAUUGGGAAUCUUUUUUCCACCCUUGAAAUGAUAAAUAAAUCAAAUUUAAACAUCCUGCCCAAGGUUAUCCUGAUGGCUGGCCAUAUCCCAGCUGUAGAUUUAUUAUGUCAUUGUAUAUUUAAAUAAAUAAAUUGUAUUUAAAAGAGAGUAAUGAUGAUAUUCACUGUGGCAUGAUUUCUGCACAUCCUCAAGGCAAGCCAGCAUUAUGAGCUUAAUUUACAUUUACUUAAUAAACAUUGCCCAGGUGUAAUGACUGCAUGAUUUUUUCCAUUCACUUGACACGUUUCCAGACUGCUUAUAGGCCACGAGAUGUUCACAUGUCUUUAACCUGGAGUCAGAGUCAUGUCUGAAGUCGUUACUACUAGAGUUUGAGUCAAGUCUUGAGUAUUUGGUCACGAGUCGAGUCUCAAGUCAUUUAAUGACUCGCUAAAAAAAUCCCAUUCUGAAUCCUCAUGUAUUGAAGUCUUCCUAUUUACAAAGCUGUUUUAUAGGCUAUAGACAAAAUAUAUGAUUUAUUAGGGGUGUGCAGUGAAGCCACAAGUUGGUUCUGUAUUUGUAUCUGUUACAAUCACAAAAUUAUAAAUUUCUGUGUUCGGAUAAACCGGAAGUAGACAGAGCUCGAACCGUAACUUCUUACAGUUUUACAUGAUAAGACUGCUAUGUCUAUGGUUUGAUGACCUUUCUUUUUUAGUAGUUAUCACUGAACAAAUAUGUUGUGUUUAACUAAAAUAUAUUUUUCAUAAUUAUAACAUUUCUUUAAAUUCCUUCUAACAGUCUGAGCCAAUACCCUUGUAUAGGCAGUGCUUCGGGUGACGUGAGUACGAGUCCCAGCUUGGGGACCUUUCGUGAUACCUUUUGCAAACCACCAAAAGACAAAGAAGCAAACAUGUAUGUCUAGUAGAAAAUAUCUAUGUAUUUAAGCUGGUUAUUAGCCUACUCUUGAGAGAGAGAUGGUUUGGUUUUUGUAGGACAUGCAGAGAUGGCAACGCAACUGUUUGAUUGAAGAUCAUGCUGUACUUACUCCAUUCAUUGGUGUAUCAUACACUGUAAA